UGUAAAUACUGGAACAUUGCUCAUACUCCAAAAAUGUGAGACUAGCAAAUGUGUGUGUAUAUAUAAGGAGCCACUUAAGACCUACCUGCAAACCAUUCUGAGUCUUCUCCAUUCCAGAAAAUAAAGGAUCAAAGCAUCACAACCAAGCCAUGUCUGGAGUUAAAGGAGGAAAAUCCCAUUGCCAGCAGCAAUCUAAGUGCCCUGACCCCUGCCAACAGCAAUCUAAGUGCUCAGACCCUUGUCAACAGCAAGCUAAGUGCCCGGACCCCUGCCAGCAGCAAGCUAAGUGUCCAGACCCUUGCCAGCAGCAAGCUAAGUGCCUGGACCCAUGCCAGCAGCAAGCUAAGUGCCCAGACCCAUGCCAGAAGCAAAGCAUCUGCCAGGAACCAUGCGCUCCUGCGCAGAAGAGUCAAGGCGCUGGUGGUCAUCAGAAAGAUCCCUGCAACCCUUGUGCUGAUCCUUGCCAGACCCAAGCUAAACACUGCUGAAGGGAUUAAAAGGACCAUGGAGGCAGAAAAUCUAUUACUAAUAGCUAAAAAGUAAAAAUGCCUUGGAAGCUUCUCCACUGGAUACAGCCAACAAUAAAAUGUUUGCUUUAGCAUGA